AUGCUUCUUGCGAGCGAGCGAGCUGCAGGUCGGUGGUGGAUGUCGUUUUUCGGCGAGCAGGACUGGUGGCGAGAGGACAAGCAGCGAGAGACGGUCGGGGGGAAGGUCUGGGCAGGCAGAGGAGGCUCUCAGCGUCUCCGUGAUGCGGCCACUGCUUCUCUGGCACUUGUAUCUGCGGCUCCUACUUGUCUUCUCGAGGUCAAACGAGCGUCUUCUGCGGUGUCUUUUCUUCUUCCUCCUCCUCGUCGUCUUUCUUUGAUGCUCAAGGAGGCUUUAGAAGUUCUGGAAAGGCUUGGAGAAGCCAACGGCCAACAAGGAGCUCUCUCUCUCUCCGCAAUUGGACGCGUCUCGAGAGUGGCCGGGCCAUGUACUCCGAUGGCUUGCUCCCUAGUCAGCGAUCAAGGAGGCGCUGCAUCGCCGGAACAGCCAGCAGCUUCGACGAAGAGCCGACUACUUGACUGGCGCGCCCGUUGCCAGUCGUCAGAUAAGACAUACGUCUGGGAGAGAAAGUCGAGCAGCGAGCAGGCAGACAAGCGAGCAGGCGACUCUCUGGCUUUCAUCCAUCGGUGGCUGAGUACCACAGAUGACGAUGUCUCUGCUGCAUGGAAACCGGGAAAGCAGGGUCUGUCAGAAGCAUCUGCAGCAUGA